GGAAUUUGAGGUUUGCAGCCAUAUUGUUGCUGUUCGCGGUGCGCAUGAGCGCUGGCAUUCUUCACAGUAGUUUAAAAAAAAAAGAUUGAUCACAAAAACAUGAACUCCAAUGAAGUGGUCCUAUCAUUGAAUGUCCAGGGGCUAAUUUUAACAAAUGUUCACAGGUUUGUAAUUUGCGAGACACACAUGACAAUAAAUUCGUACCUCUCCGUAAAAGGCACAAAGUGUCGUUUUGGCGCAAGCUGGUGGGCGCACCGAAAGUUGUCAAGUCAAACGUGGCUUUGCUUCUGCUCCUGCCGGGUUGACGUCAGACGCUCGCUCACGCAGAACGGGAGCGGCUCCGGCCGCCGCGAGGAUUUGGGGGCGUGUGCAGUGACGUUCAUUCCGGAUCCUACCGUCACCCAACUUGAACUUGCGAGAAGAUUCGACGACGAAGCGAAAACCUCUGCAGGUGCGCGGCACUUCCCCAGCAUGUCGUCGCCGGAGAUCGUGUCGCUGUCUUGGGGUCGCAUGGCGGUGAAGGGGGCGCCGUCGCCUUACAAGGACUGCAAGGUUUGGCCCGGGGGCAGCCGGGCGUGGGACUGGCGCGAGACCGGCACCGAGCACCGACCCGGGGUUCAGGUGGCCGACGUGCAGGAGGUGCUGGACAAAGGAGUGGACUUGCUGCUCAUCGGCCGAGGCAUGAACAUGGCCCUGCAGGUGCCGCCAUCCACGGUGGAGCGUGUGACGGCGACCGGCGUCCAAGUGCGAGUCUUGCAGACGGAGGCGGCCGUGGCCGAGUACAACCGCCUGGCCAGGGGCGGAGCCAAUGUGGGUGGAGUCUUCCACUCCACGUGCUGAAGGGACGCCGUUGACGUCGCCGCCACCCUUGGGUGACUGACUGCAGCAAGACUGGAACCCCCCACCCCAACCCAUCCGUCUGCAAUAUCAUGCUUGAGCAAAUCUGGGUGUGAUCGCUUCAUUUAGUAGAACGGAACAAAUUCAAGUUUGCUUCUACUGUUCCCUUUGUGGCCACCGGGAGGCAAUGAUCAAAACAAGAAAACUUCUUCUUUUCCUCCUCCGACUCACUACGCUGCAGAGGAAAUGUCACCACCCUGAGUCAUUCACGGUCUCACAUACACGUUGAGUUUUUAUUUUUCUCCAAAAACAAAUGCAAAUAAACAUGAGAUUGGUGGUUAA